GUUUCAUACUUCCAUUUCCCCGCCAGUUUAGAGAGGGAAGAGGGAAAGAAGGAAGAAACCUCACUCUGCUGAAAUUCCACCUUACUCAUCUUCUUCCUUCUUCUCACUCUGCUACUUCCACAACCAUGAAACCCUAGAUCGCAGUUUUUGAAUUUCAUUUUCUUCAGAGCUGUUCUCCAGAUUUUGCUCCGAGGAAACUAACUUCUCUCGGCCGGAUAUGGCGAGACUUCUUCGGAAUGCGUUUCCCUUGUACUUCUCCUUUUUCAAGCACAAGGGAUGUAGGAAUUUAAUGCCGGGGUUAUCUAAUCAAACUAGCGGAUUUUCUUCGAAAGGUAGAAGAAAGUUGAAGUCGGAUGGCAGUGGGUAUGAAGAGAAGGCGUCGGAGAAAGAGACUGCUCUUCGACAAGCCCUUGAUCAGAUCUCAUCAUCCUUUGGAAAGGGUUCUAUCAUGUGGCUUGGUCAGUCAGUCUGUUCUAAUCAUGUCCCUGUGGUAUCCACAGGUUCCUUUGCCCUCGAUAUAGCACUUGGAACUGGUGGACUUCCAAAGGGACGCAUUGUGGAAAUAUUUGGUCCAGAGGCUUCUGGGAAGACAACACUUGCACUGCAUGUAAUUGCUGAAGCACAGAAGGAAGGAGGUUAUUGUGCUUUCAUUGAUGCGGAGCAUGCUCUUGAUCCAGCACUGGCUAAGGCUAUUGGGGUAGACACUGAUAAGUUACUUCUUUCACAACCAGAUUCUUGCGAACAGGCUCUAAGCCUUGUUGACACCUUAGUCCGAAGUGGUUCCGUUGAUGUUGUUAUCGUCGACAGUGUAGCUGCGCUUGUCCCGAAGAACGAACUUGAUGGUGCAGUUGGUGACGCUCAUAUGGCAAUGCAGGCUAGAUUGAUGGGUCAGACACUUCGAAAACUGACUCACUCUUUAUCAUCAUCACAAACACUUUUGGUAUUUAUUAAUCAGGUGAGGUCAAAACUUUCAACUUUUGGAGGAUUUGGUGGCCCGACUGAAGUUACUUGUGGGGGAAAUGCAUUAAAGUUCUAUGCUUCAGUGCGCCUAAAUGUGAGAAGUAUAGGACUUAUCAAGAAGCUUGAUGAGACGGUAGGUAGUCAAGUUCUUGUGAAGAUUGUGAAGAAUAAGCUGGCUCCUCCAUUUGGAACAGCUCAGUUUGAACUAAAAUUUGGCGAGGGUAUUUGUCGGGAAACAGAGAUUAUUGAUUUGGGAUUGAAACUCAAAUUCAUCUUGAAAGCUGGUUUGCACUACAGUUUCAAUGGUCAAAGUUUCCAUGGAAAAGAUACCUUAAAAAGGUUCUUAAAUGAGCAUGAAAGUGCUAGGGAAGAAUUUAUUGUGAAGCUCAGGGAGAAACUACUGAAUGCGGAGAAAAGUGAGGAAGAUCAUGCCGAGGAUUCUGAGAUUGUCUCAUCUGAUCAUGCUAAUAACUUUCCAAAUGAUUAAAAAGUAUUUAUAAGUGAAAAAAAUUAUUUUUAAUCACUUAGACAGUCAUCCAAAAUAGGUCCUGAGAAUCCUUUUCUGCAGCUGCUUGCGAUAGCAUGCAAAAUCGAUUUCCUUGGAGUUGUUUUCCUGAGUUACAAAUCUAAUUUGCAAGGGCUUUUAAAUGUUGAUAUUGAGCGUGUUUGGCACAUAUUAGUGGUGGUGAUUAGAGGUCCAAUGUUUAAAAUCAGACGCUUUAUUUGGAGCCAAAGAAACCUAUUACACGAUUAUCACUUAAUGCAAUUACGUAAGAAAACUAAUCUCCCAUGCUUUUGCUUCUCCCGUUUUGUACCGUAAAAAGGUGACAUCUUGGCCUCUUGGGACGCAGCUGGGAUGUUUCAAGGGUGCAGAUUAGUUUCAAAGGUAAUUCUAAUUCGAUGUUUCUCUGAUUGCUAAUUCUACUUGAAUAGAUUUAGCGUUAUAGUUAUUAGAUAAUUUUUUGCCUUAAAUUAUGUACCUAGGGCAGGAAACUUGCAUGCUGGUCUUGGGCGCUCCCUCAGCCCAUUCCUCGAGUCCGAACACACCGAUGGAGCUCACUUGUGUGAAAGUACUCUUACUUGUGUGGUGUCAAGCUAAGUACUUUCCGAUGCUUAAAUUAGUACAUGGACUAUUUAGUUUAGCUAGACACGUAAAGAGUUUAGAGUUUCUUGGUUGGAGUUAUUUAUUUGUCUUCCCGUAGAGUUGUCAAAUGGAGCUAUUUAUAAGGCAUUUCCUCUGACAUCCACUUUGGGUUAUGUGUAAUGCCAGUUGUGUCAGGGUUAGUGUGGUCCUCGAGGUUGCAUAGGUGCCAGUGUCGAGCUUGACUUGAUUAUUUCCUCUAUGGUGAAAUUCUACCUCCUCGAUUGGUCGGCCCCAAAUCUGAGGGGCUGACUUUCUCUUCUGGGAUGUGCAAACCCCUAUGUAGCCUUCUUCUCGCUCAUUGUUUAUUCAAUCUGGCAUCGGUGCAACCUUCUUAUUUUCGAUCAAUACAUCCCUUUCAGUUUUGACCCUAUUCGAUUGACGGUGAAUUUAGUUGAAUCUCUUGAUCACCAACUUGCCAUUCCUUGGAUCCAUAGUCUUCCUAUGCCUACUGUGAAAGCCAGUCGUUGGUUUGCCCCUCCCUAUGGCUCCUUCAAGGUGAAUUCUGAUGCGACGUGUUCGUGACUCAAUGGGUGAUGUUUUGCUUGCUGUGGAGAGACACUUUCCUUUGAAGAGGUUUGUUGAGCUUGCAGAUGCCAUAACCAUGUUUGAAGGUCUUUCCAGAGCUAUUAAAGCUGACAUCUCCUCUGGGCUGAAACUGAUUCAUAGAUCUUAUGGAAUCUAUUAGUUGGGAGACAUAGAUACGCAAACAAAAUCCAAGUGUUCGUUGAUUCCAUACGUGAUCUUCACCGUCGUGGUUCCAUUCACGGGUUUCUUUUGGUUAACCGCCAUUGUAACUCUAUUGCCCAUGUUACCACACUCGGAGACUUUGUCAUUUGGAGGUCUAGCUUGAAGAUUUCCCUCCAUGGGUGAAUUUGGCCUUGUGUUCUGACAGGAUUCGUUCUUAAUUGUUUUGAUUUAUGUUCUCAGCAAAAGUAAAGAAAAAUAGAAGAACUAAAAACUUAGAAACUAAAUCUACAACCAAAAACC